AUUCUCUUUACAUGAGUCUCUAUUUAAAUAUUCGGGGCAUACAUUUUUCAAUACCUUCAUAAAACCUUCUCUUUUAUUUAAAGUUGAAAACUAUCAUUGAAAUAUCAUCAGAAAUUUAGGCAUAGAUAACUGGGCGAGCAAAGUAUUGUACCGGAAUAUUGAUGGGUAAGAACAAAUAAAAGUAGUAAAUAAUCGAAGAACCGUUUUCAUUUUGGUUUAUCACUAGUAUUGCCUUGCCUCGAAUUUCAAAGCAAAACAAGACAAGACUUGACGUGCUUUGCCUUUUGUAUAGUGGACUGUGGAGUGAAGCGCAGCGAAGAGCCGAAAACAAGGUCUAUGAGCAAAGGAUACAACCACAUUUUGGUGAACAGAAUUGCGCUGCAAAGCAAGGUUUAAUUGAAAUGUCUACCCUGGAGGAUCCGUCGCUAGAGCGUCAUUUUCGUGGCCAUCGAGAUGUUGUCACAGCUGUUGAUUUCAAUCCCAAUAUGACCCAGUUGGCUUCAAGCUCAUUGGACAACAAUCUUAUGGUAUGGAAUUUCAAAGCCAAAAUGCGAGCCUACCGAUUUGUAGGGCACAAGGAUGCUGUAAACUGUGUGAAGUUCUCGCCGUCAGGUCACCUUGUUGCCUCUGCAUCUCGGGACAAAACAGUUAGGCUAUGGAUUCCCAGUGUGAAAGGAGAGUCUACUGUGUUUCGAGCUCAUACUGCCAAUGUGCGAAGUGUUGACUUUUCGUCUGAUGGCCAAGCAUUGUGCACUGCUUCAGAUGAUAAAACCAUUAAGCUAUGGACAGUUCACCGGCAAAAGUUUAUGUUUUCCCUGCUUCAACACAGCAACUGGGUGCGCACGGCAAAAUUUUCUCCAGAUGGCCGGUUGGUGGUGUCUGGCAGUGAUGACAAGACCGUUCUACUGUGGGAUCUACAGAGUCGUCAGUGUCUCCACACAUUCCAUGAGACUGGCGGAUUUGUCAACUGUGUGGACUUCCACCCUAGUGGCACAUGCAUUGCCUCUGCCUGCACAGAUGGGGGAGUCAAGAUCUGGGACAUCCGCAUGAACAAAAUACUGCAAAACCAUACAGCCCAUGCAGGCUCUGUGAAUAAAGUAUCAUUCCAUGCCAGUGGCAACUACUUGUUAACUGGCUCUGAUGACGGAACACUGAAAAUCUUUGACCUCUUGGAAGGAAGGAUUUUCUACACUCUCCAUGGACAUCAGGGUCCUGUGACAUCAGUGAUGUUUUCACGCGAUGGUCAGUACUUUGCUUCUGGAGGUCAUGAUGAACAGGUGUUGGUGUGGAAGACAAACUUUGACGCUGAGUGUGAGGCAAACAUCAAGUCCAAACGAAAGAGAGACCGAUCGGUGGAAGGCCCCACGAUAGACGACAUCCACCCCCGUCAGGACAGGAUUUCCCCGAGACCUGUGUCCAGUGAAAACACUAUCGAUGCCCGCCAGGAAAUCCGCAGGUUGGAAGAUGUGACUCAGGGAAUCACAAAUGUGAUGCCUACAGAGCUGGGCACUUCUAAAUCGGGCUCCACAAUGACGAGUGGAGCGGGAGAUUCCUCAGCACCAAUGACUCAACAGCUGGACAGCACGCUGUCUCCUGAGCUGUCCGACUUUGUGCAGCAUGUGGCCAGCCAGCUGGACAUCUUAACUCAGACGGUGUCACUGCUGGAGAAGAGAAUGACCAUGACAGAGAACCAACUCAAGGAGUGCAUGAACAGCCAGAGGAAAGAGACCUAAGAUUUGAAAAGAUUUGUCAGCUUGAGAACAAAGAGAUCUGCAAAAAAACGUCUGUGAUAUGAUGGAACAAAGUCCCGCAAAGAGCUAAAGAUAGUCACGGGCUCGCCACCUUUGUGCUUCUCUCAGAUCCAAGAAAGCUUUGGAGAGAGAAGUGAUGGACACUGAUGGCUUGCUCUACUCAUCUACUCAUAUAUAUCUUUUUCAUUGUUCACCACAUUUACCCCAUAAUAUUUUAUGUGUUGCAAAGGAUGUCUUGUUUUACGUGUUGACUUUAUACCCUGUGUCUGGGAUAACCAUCUGUACCGUAAUUUAGUCAGGAACAUCUUGGCAUAAUUACACUUUCUGUAGCGUGGCAUCAGGUUGGAGAGGGAAAAAAAAACUUCAGUGGAUUGAUGACAGAAAAAUGUCUCAUAAAAAAUUUUGAUUACAAUAUCAAUCCUCUCCCCAGGAAAAAUCAGGCUACCAACUUGCUUUUGGGGACUUGCAACACCACUCCACAACAACCUCUGCACUAAAUAAGAGCCAUCAUGAGUUAGCAUGCCACACAUUAAUGGUGUUUUGUUUAAUCAUGCAACUGGUUUCUUGAAAAACAGGCUAACAAGAACCAUUUAAAGAGAGAUGACAUAAUAGUUGGCCCGCAGUACCUGUACACUAAGUGUAUGUUGACUCCUGAUUUUUAUUGAGGUCCUGCCAACCGACCUCGGAGAAAGUUAUAAAGCAAAAAACAAGUUGGUCUAGUUAUUCCCGUUCCCGUCUCAUACUGUUGGAGCAGAACACAAUAGAUAUCUGAAAUUGUGGCACAGGCUUUCAACAACAUCUCUUGUUUGUUUGUCUGCCAUGCCCUCAGAGACCUAAGGAAUACAUUUCUUUCUUCUCAUCCUCCCACAAACAGUACAUGGUGUGUACUUGUACUCAAUAUUCUCAUUGCACUAGUACAUGCCAUUUAUGACUCUAGGCUAAAGAGCCAAAAACUACGUGAUGGAUGAGAUCAACUAUAAUUUUUCUCAUUAACCACCAGUUUGGAUUUAAUAGCAUUUUAGACAGUUGAAUGCUUUGGUUUUUUUCCUAUGUGUGAAUAUUUAAGAAACUCCAUAAGUUGAAUCAGGUUGUUUUCUCUGUUUUGACAGCUGCAGUCUGUGGAUAGUUCUGAAUUCCAAAGGUAAAUUAAAAUCAGAGAGAGAAUAUGUUCAAAAAAAGUUUAAAUGGCGACAAUGAGGGUGUGUGAAGAUGUUUGAUGAACCAGUGACAGUUGUCAGUUUGAAGAUUGACUUUUUAAAUCCCGGUUCACGCAUUUUAAAAUUAUUUCUUUUUUAGCAAUGGCGUUCUAGUACGAAUGUAAGUCAUUGAAUCAUUCAUGCAGUGGGGUAAUGUUGUAUUUACAGGCCUUUUCGCACAAUUCCUCUAUGUCCAUAACUUUCUGCCUUUUGUUUGAUGCUGGGAUCUGAUGAGACUGUCUCUGAUUUAAAAUCAAUUUAUUUUUCCGUCCAUGGUAGGGCAAGUUGUCGUCGGAAGUUAAGAUAAAGACUCAUCACAAAUUUUCAUUGCUUAAACUUUUCAGCUUCAGCUGCUGAAAGCACUGCAGUUGGAAUGGGGUGAUGAAGACAUCCAAGUACAUUGUGUACCCUGAUGGGCAAAAAAAACCUGGUGGAUGGCUAAUGCUACUUAAAUUUAUAAUUAAUAUGUUCCAAAGUGAACUGACCCUAAAUAGUUGGCUGGUUGAGUCUAAAAUUAGAGAGCACAGAUGGAGAAGAGACGACAUUCGUGUGAGGUAACCACAUAAAAUCACUGGAUUGUGUACAUCAGAAUUGUUUCACUUUUAUUUUGGAAAACAUUGCACAAGUAAUACCUGAAGAUUUGUGUACAUUCAUAAAACAAAGUGAACUACAUGUUUAUCGUAAAAUCAUUACCUUUACAUUAAAAGGGAAAAAUAGAAUAGUCUUUGGGAAUAGAAGGUGACAACUAACUUUUGAUAACUGUAACACAGUAUGAAGUUGCAUUUUGUGAACAUAUAUGUAUUAUGUAGCUUUCAACCUGAAGACAGCUUCAUUUGUGUCUGCAUAUAGUAGCCGAAGGGAGACACUUGCAGCUUGUUUUGUGACUAACUGUGCAGUAAGGCAUUGCAGGCAAGUAUUUGGGGAGGGGUGUAAGAAAGGUAUUUCUAUGAUGGCCAAUUUUCUAAUUUGGAAUUGUUUCGUAGUAUUUUCACACUUCUUAUGAUUUUUUUUGGGGGGGGGGUAUACUUUAUGCAUUGUGUCUUUCUGAACUUAGCUGUGAAGAGUUCAAAGGUGCCUCUUCUACUUUAAUUUGUUGUGGUGGAGCACUGAAAAUAAUGGGUUUUAAAGAUGAAAAAUUAAAUGACGACCAGGGUCUUUGAGUGAGAUACCUGAUCGCUUAACAUAUAUGCACACAGACAGAUUUAUAGUUUGUAGUUAGAGUGUUUGUGGUGCCUUUACGUUACACUGCCUUCUUAAGAAAACACUGGGGAUUUUUUAAAUGUAACCCACGUAGAUAGACAUUGUUGGAUACUUAUCUACAGAACUUUGUCAGAACUGUAAUUUUGUGGAUAACAUUUACCCCCCUAACCCCACCCCUCGCUCAUGCGCGCGCACACACACACACACACACACACACACAAAAACACACUCUCACACAAAUCCCCACACCUGUGUUUUUUCUCUUUCUUCUCACAAUUUAAUUUCUUAUAAAUCAGACAGCAUACAUGACAAGGGUAGGUCAAAAAAAGAUCUGGGAGUACAAAUGUUUCUGACAUGGUAUGAAUGGCUAUUUAAAUGUCGGAGAAUUUUCAAAUAUGUAUAAAAUACAUCGCUCUGUUUUAUUUACCUUAAAUAAUCUGUUUUGUAGAACUGCUAAACAAAACUGUCAGGCUUAGAUUUUUUUAAUAAGCACUGGUUGUAUUUAUUAUAGAUGUAUGUGUACAUGUAAAUUACGCAUUGCCUUAAUCAUGUAAAUAAAUCAUAUGAAUGAAACUUU